AUGAAGCUGCAGGCCCUUUUUUCUGUCUGCCUGAUCCUCGGUGCUUCUGCGCAAUGGGGAGAUCAGUACCGAUACUCAGGCAUGAACGCCAUGCACGAGGAUGAGCUUACCGAAUGCCACAACGACCGUGCGGAAUGCAUCAUGGACCGAGUCCUGAUCCAGCAGGCGGCGGAAACGCUGCAGCAGGAGAAGUCUGCCUGCGAGCAAGCCAAGGAUAAAUUGCUGCAGACCCAGAAGACCCUAGUCCAGCAGGAGCAGACAUGCAGAGCGGACAAGACCAAGGCUGAACAGGAGAAACAAGCCUCCAUACAGCGCGAGAAGGCCUGCCGGGCUGAACUGUCCCAUCGGCAACAGACCGGCGUGGACGAGCAGAAAGAGCUGGAGGCCGACUUGGCAGAAUGUCAUAAUGACCGCGCCGACUGCGUGGUGGAAAGAACGUUGCUGCAGGGCUCACUCGACGCCUCAGAGACGGAGAAGAACGAAUGCCUCGCGCGGGAGCAGACCUGGCUGGCCGACAAAACAAGCCUGGAGGACCAGAGGGACGACGCUAUCCGGCGGGAGCACACUUGCCAGCUGGAUAAUUCGAAGCUUCAACAACAGAUACAACUGCUCCAACAACAACAACAACAGAAGGUCCCUUGUGUCCGCACACCCCGCACGGUGACCAUCACCAGCACCGGCUACUUCCAGAACGGCGGCUAUCUGCCCGAGGAUGGCAGUAACCUCGUGGUCUCCUGGCAGUCGGGCAACACGCGAGAUGUCUGGGCCAUUCAUGACGAUCUGGGGCCUUUGGGUUAUAUCAACCCAGCACCAGGAGGCCAGCAGAAGACACGCGUCGUUUCCGUCUGUGGCCGAGUCCACUGCCCGCGAGCCCCCUUUGUGACAUUCAACGUUUCCUAG